CACGGCAGGAGAGGUACUCCAAAUCCACCCACUUCACCAACAUAACAUGAAUACCCAAAGAACAGCAUUACGCCUCCUAAAUGGGAUAGGCGCGCGACAAUGCCGGAGAUUCUCCCAGUUUAGCGCGCCUGGGGUGGCAAUGCCACCCACCGGCGGCAUCCCGAUGCCAUACAUCACCGAGGUCACAUCCGGGGGUUGGCGGACAUCCGACAUCUUUUCCAAGUUGUUGCAAGAACGCAUAGUAUGCCUUAACGGAGCCAUCGACGACACCGUAUCGGCAGCGAUUGUCGCCCAAUUGCUAUGGCUCGAGUCGGACAACCCGGACAAGCCCAUCACCAUGUACAUCAACUCUCCCGGCGGUGAGGUGAGCUCGGGGCUCGCCAUUUACGACACCAUGACCUACAUCAAGUCGCCCGUCUCGACCGUAUGCGUGGGCGGCGCAGCAUCUAUGGCUGCCAUCCUCCUGAUCGGCGGCCAGCCUGGGAAGCGAUACGCUCUUCCGCAUAGCUCCAUCAUGGUGCAUCAGCCCUUGGGCGGGACCCGCGGGCAGGCCGCCGAUAUCUUGAUCUACGCGACUCAGAUUCAGAGGCUACGGGAGCAGAUCAACAAGAUCGUGCAAAGGCAUAUCAACAAGUCGCUCGGCUACGAGAAAUACGACGUGCAGGCUGUCAACGACAUGAUGGAGCGGGACAAGUACUUGACUGCCGAAGAGGCCAAGGAGAUGGGGAUCGUGGACGAAAUCCUGCAUAAGAGAGAGAAGGGGGACGACAAGCCCGGGAUCGGCGACGGGAAGGUGAAGCCAUGAUGCAUGCAUGGUCAAUGACAGGGCGCAAGAUGGAGGGGGAGUGGUGCACAGGACCGCUUCGCGUUCCGAGAUAACAGCGAAGAGCGACGACGUGCAUGGAAGGAACCAGGUUUCCACUUAACUGCGGUCACCGCGCUGGUCUUCACCAUCGGCAUCAAGGUACCUAUUCGGGGGCGGAUGGUGGUGUUGUUGAAGGUCCUGGCCUGGACUAGACAGUGAGUUUGUUAGAGAGUGCAACACCGAGGAUCUAGGCUGGUGGAAGAAGCAAGGUUCCCGGGGUUGAAUAUCCGGUGGGAGAAGAAUCCUGUCGAUGCACUCUCUCCUCUUCUCUCUCGUUGCAUGUCGAGUCACAGGAACGUCAAAGCUCCUUGACACUUUUCCCCAUAAGCCAAUCGGGAAGCUUGUAAUUCGAUGCAGCUGUUGCGGGGAUCCCGCGGGGACCCUUGUCUCUGUCCCUGUGACUUGGGAACACAACUAUUAUUUUAGCUCCGACUUC